AGGGCUUUUGAUUUUACACGUGUUGAUAUUUCGUCGUUAUCCGCAGUCUGCGAUGAAUAUUGCGCUGACACCAGUGAUAAUUUCUCUCUUUUUGGUGUAUUUAACCGCCGUUUUCGGUCAAAUCUGCCAACGACUAAAUACGAAUUUAUUUCAAAGAUGUAUUCAAGUAGCCGGGUAUAAUUUUACGGCUAAAUUUCCCGGUAAUUCUACGCUACGCGAAAGCAUCAUCGCGCAUAAUCUGAAACGGGAAGUACAACAGUUUGGGCAUUGCUCGCAAUAUUUAGAUACCAUUAUGUGCGCUAUUAAUGUUCCCAAAUGCGUGGAAGAAAACUAUAGCCCUGUUUUGCCAUGUAGAAGAGUCUGCGAAUAUUUUGUCAGAGACUGUGAGACGAAAGUGGAAUACGAAAAACUGGAAUGGAUUAAAGGACUUUGUCAUCUGCUGCCGUCAUCGGAGAAUAACAGCAAAGGAAAAGAAUGUUAUCUGCCGGGAAAUUAUAGGCCGCGACUUGACAACACAACGCCUCUAACACAGAGCUGCUCCAACUUAACGAUGUCUUCCUGUUCUCAUCUUGGUUACACUCGUACAACCCAAUCUUUGACAUCACAGCGGAUUCUCGACAUCGUUCUCAAGAAAAGGCUGAGCAACUUUGGAAAUCAUUCUUUCUGUUCUCCACUACUUCAAAAGAUUUUCUGCGCAGAGUUUGCUCCGCCAUGUUUUCAGGGGGAUGAGACCGAAAUUAUUCUUCGAACAGUUUGCAAGUCUGAUUGUGAAAGCAUGCGACAGAAAUGUCCAGCACUGUACAGAGAACACUUUGGGGAAUACAGUUACUGUGAGCAAAUGGCGACUGAAAGCAGUGACUUAGAGGGAUUUUGUACGCUGACCAAAUGGCCGACGGCGGGGCGGUGGCCAUUGGAACCAAAUACUACAAUGUUGCCGCGUCGUCACAGUUCAACGAUACCCAGGCCCUCAAGUACCCUAACUACUCUCGGUUCAGCGGUUGUAAAGUCUGUUCCACUGCACGUGCGCACCAGGUACUCCCUACCAGUUGUAGCCAUCAUAGUUUCAACUGUCGUAGUAGUGCUUUCAAUCAUCGUUGUUACCGCUUUCCUCUUGCUACUUAAACGAGGUCGAUAUCCUCAGGAUUGGUGGGUAUUGGGAUACAAACGUCAUCCCUCGAAUGAGUGGGAAACAACUGUGGCACUGAAAACAUGAGCAUGCGCCAAUUUUUCGUGUUUGCGCGUAAAGCUUGAUGGUUUUCAAGUCACCUUCAACCCACAAGCCGCACAUGCUCAGUUGCACCGUGCGAAUCAAUAACGCAACCACAAGGGAAGCACUGAGGCAAAAGGUUAUUUUUAGGUCAGGAUUGCGCUUUUGGAAAAAUUGAAAAAGUGAAAAACCAGAACAAGACGAGCGGGUUAAAAGACAACCCGUUCAGGAGGAUAAUUGAGUACUUCAGUAGCCAUCAAGGGAUAACAAUCAUAAACAAAGAUUUUAUUUUUCCUGAACUAAAUGUUAUUAUGAUAAAGAUUUAAUCAAACAGAAGGUUUGUGAUUGAAAAAAAAGGUAAAAUAUUUUCUAAAUACGGACAAAUAAUUGGAAUUUUUGAUGUGCUAUAAAAUGAGCUGGCCUCGAAAAUUUACUUAUGAGUUUUUUUUUACACUAUAUUUUUCAAGAGGUUAUUUUUUUUUUUUGUUCUUUCGGUGGUAAGAAGGAGGGAGUGAAAUAAAUUGAAAAAUGAUUCA